AUGAACGUUGUGGGCGCCGCGUCGUCGCCAGGAAAGUCUCCGCAUGCGAAGUCGCCGCUGAACAAGCGUCCCCGCGUGAACACAGAAGGUCACGAUGGGAUCGAUCGGGGGCAACAUGACGAAGAAGACGUGGAGGAACGUCCGGUGAGUCCGUCGAAGACGACAGACUCGAGUCCGCGUGAGCAAACCACCUCGGCGGACGUUGGCGACAAGACGUCUGCCAUAUCGUCGUUUGGCUUUACGGCAUUUGCCAACACGAAUCCAUUCCAGACCGUUGCGCCCACUUCGGCUGCUUCUUCCACAGGGUUUGCCGCUUUUGCCGGCGGUGGAUUUGGGACAUCUUCGUCGACUGGCUUUGGGUUUGGAUCUGGCGGGUUUGGACGUUCCAGCGGUACAAGCGGGUUCGGCAGCACGUCGUCGUCCACGGCGGCGUCCUUUGGCGGCGACAAGACAAACACGGACGAAGCGUCCGCAUGGACCGACGCGAACGACACGAACGCCGACUUUUUAAAUGCUGAAGCCGACAAGGUCGAAGUCCAGCAUCUCGUGGUGCCCAAGGUGGAGCUGCCAAAGGACUACCACCACGUGACCGGCGAAGAAAACGAGCUCGUAUUGCUUCAAACGACGGCCAAGCUGUUCAAGUUGGUGGACAAGGAGUACGUCGAGUGCGGCGCUGGUCCGCUCAAGGUGCUGGAGCCCAAGGACAAAUCCACGCGCGGCCGCCUCGUCAUGCGUCGAGCCACGAGCGACUUCAAGGCUGGUACGCAGCUGCUGCUCAACGCUCUGCUCACGUCCAUCCCGAGCGUUGUGAUCAAAGGCAAGAACGUCAUCGUGCCCGUGCUGACAACAACGUCCUCGAUCACCACGUACUGCAUCCGCCUAGAGUCCCCCGACGUUGCUGACAAACUGCAGCAACUCCUCCACGACGCCAACAAGUAA